UUGAGCUAAGGGGCUGGAAGAGGCCGCGGCACUCCCGCGAAAAUCGAGGGGGGAUCGAAAAUGGCGAAGCCGGGAGAUGGAGAGAAGGACUGGGAUCAGCACCUGAGAGCGAUAUCUCUUAGCGCGAGGGAUUCAUCUUCCUCAUCUGAUCCUUCUGUGGAUGCUUCUCUCCUUAAAUCCGUUCAAAUCUUGCACAAGACGUGCAAGAAUGAGAAUUCUGGGGACUUGAUGGCUAGGGUUUAUCCCCAAAUCAACAGGCUGUUCCAGCGCUCAUUAGCGUCUCCAAAGUUUCAAUCUUCUGAAAAUGGGCUCCUUUUGUUGGCCAUCCUUCAGUUUUUCCUUGAUUUUGGAGAUAUUGUUCUGCAUGACGCUGAUCCCAGCCUUCAAUCAUUCUUCCGUUUAUGUCUUAGCAGACAGUUUGCAGAUCCUAUAGUUGCAGAGGCAACACUUAGUUUCCUUAUCUUAAAUAAGGAAAAAAUUUUGAGUUCAUUCCCAGGCUUGCUGCCCCAGUUUUUUCCGUUGCUGCUGAAGUUAAUAGCUUGGCAUGGGGAAAAGUUGGAAAAAUCCUUUUUGAUGGUUUUUCCUGCAAUGGUGGCACAGGGGUCGUUUCUUCCACUUUUUCCAUCGCUUGUGGAUCUGCCAAUACUGGUGAUAGCUUUGGAGAAGGUGGAAAAGAGUUCAGGGUCCCUAAUAGGGAGCAGCAUAGCAUCAAUGCAGAAGAGUACGGCACCUGAGAUGCUGCUUGCACUUAUGGAUGAGGCCUACACUGGCUCCAGCAUAGAAGAUAGAGGAGCAGAUUCAGGGGAUGAGAAUGAUAGAUCUGUAGAUGUUGCUGAUUCCCUGUUUCUGGAACUUCUGAAGGAUGAGAAUGAAGGGUUAUCUGAGCGUCACUGGACGUCUACUGGGAUCGCAGCCUCAUUGCAGGCAGCUAUUGGUACCAGACAAUCUGAUAGGCUAAGGCAGUCUCUCCACAUGUCUGUGCGGCUUCUUGAUGUUUAUUUUGCAAUUGCUCUAGAAGAAGUCAAUGACUCUCUAAUAUGUGCUUUGAUUCCGUUGCUGAUGACAAGACACUCAACACUAUUCCCAGACAAGAACUUUAUUGCUGAGGUACGGCGAAGUCUCCUGGAAUUUAUGCUGGCAGCUUUUCAGCGAUCCCCCGGCUUCAUUGCAAUUUUAAAGAAGCCUAUCAUUGACAGACUUGGAGAAGCAUACGACAGCAGUGCUAAGAAUGAACUUGCAUUACAGUUGUGUUGGGCUAUAGGCGAGCAUGGAGGUGGAGGAACAUCUCACAAGGACACUGCUAGAGAGCUUUUUGAGAGCUUAGAAUUGCUUCUAUACGAAAAUAUCUCAUCCAGUCGCCUUGGGUUAGGCAAGGAUCCUACAGCCAGCAUGGAUGAAACAAUCUUUGGGAAGUCAUCACAGGCGAGGCUUCUUUGUUUUGUGAUAACAGCUAUAGCCAAGCUUGCUACCUGCCACCGGGAGUUACUUCCAAGGGCUCGUGUUUGCCUUGCUAAGGUUGCUCGAUCUCGAAGUUCUUUGGACAUGCGUGUCUGGAGACGUGCUCGUGAUUAUUUGGGGUUAAUGAAUGAACCAGCUAUCUGCUUGUCGGUGCUGGGACCUGUUAGUGGUUGUGGCCCGAAACCUGGGACUGUUAAUUGGAGUGAAGGUGGCUCAAAGAUGGUAGCUCAUAUUCCAUUUUAUCUUCUAAAUGAACAAGAAGGCCCACCAUUUCACGAUUUCUCCUUCACAGAUGUGUUUCCCGGCCAGUGAUUGGUAAUCAAGAUGGUCAGACGUUGUCUAUAUAUGUUUCCUCUUCUGGUUUCUUCUACCCAGUCCUCCUUCUCUCUCUCUCUUCCUCUGCUUUUGUUAUUCAUAGCUUGUCGUUAACUAUAUUCACAAGCUAAUAUAUACAAAGUUCUAAAAAAAUUGAGCUGGCUUUCUUGCCA